AUUAUUGGCGCGAAUUUUUCAUCAUCUCAGCUAGGAACAAACAAUGCCUCGACGGCGAUUGUGCGCCGGCCGCUUGUUUAUGCUAGGGUUGGGUGAGAAUGAAGAUGAAAGAUUGCAUGGUAAGUUUCAAAGUUAAUCUUAAAAAAUUACAAUUAUAUUUGUAUCGUAUGAAAAAUUCGUUUAUUUUAUACACCAUAGAUCAAUUCAAUCAUCACUAUCACUCUAUGUUAUGUUUGAGGUCUCUGCACUGCACACGUUUAUGGGGAGUUGUUUCAAUCGGAAUACCCCAUUUCAUAGGCAUCUCUAUAAACAAAAUUGAAAUGGCUUUAAUUUGUAGUACAUCACAGGUUUCAUGUUGUUGUUUGGACCUUACAUCAUUUUCAUGAUGAGGAAGACUUGGUCUUAAUUGAUUUGAAACAGUGUUGUUGAUGAAAAGUAAUUUCUUUAGUUCUUUAUUGCUUUAAUAAAUGUUUAAAUGUGUGAGAUUUUGUCUAAAAAAGUAUAAAGCUGUGUUAAAGGAAGAAAUAAACAGUUUUUUUAAACAUUUAUGUGAAUUGUCCGACACGUGUGAUGUGAGUAUCAUCAGGGUGUCAAACGCUGAUUCGAAGAGUGUCGAAGCAAAGAAAAAACCAUUUUUGGGGGGAUAGUUGUCUGACUUUCCGACACUUGUUUGGCUUUUCCAACACGUGUUGGAGGGGUGUCAUACACAAGUGUUGGAAAUCGAUGUGUACCAGACACCACGACACGUCUACUCCUAGAGGUGUCCGUUCUUCAUAGUUGUUUACGCAGAAGGGAACAAAAAUGGAAAUUAUCUUUAUUUCCUUGCCUACUUGGGCCUUUCUCUGUUUGGAGUUACAUGGAAAGACUUGGACUAAGUUGUCUCAAUGGAAUUCGAUAAAAUGAAAAUGAUGAGGACGAAUCCACACAAACACAAUGGAGAACCAUGAUAAGGUGCUAAUGCUAAUCGUGUGUACUUUGUUCUUUUUCUCCAUGCCCACUUUCUCUAAACAGAACACAUUUACUAUUAUUGCUCCAAAUCAGUUUAUCCAAUAUCAUGAAACAAUUGUUUCUGCAGCUGGAACCUUUGAAGCAGGAUUUUUCAACUUUGGAGAUCCACAGCGCCAAUACUUUGGGAUAUGGUACAAGCGCAUAUCACCUAGGACUAUUGUGUGGGUUGCCAAUAGAGACACCCCUGUACAAAACUCAACAGGAUUGCUGAAACUCAAUGAUCAGGGAAAUCUUGUUAUUCUUGAUGACUCUAAAGGCGCUGUCUGGUCCUCCAAUUCAUCAAGAAUUGUGGUGAAACCAGCUGUGGUGCAGUUGUUGGAUUCUGGAAACCUUGUUGUGAAAGAUGCAAACAGCACUGGUAACUUUUUUUGGGAAAGUUUUGAUUAUCCUGGUGACACUUUCCUUGCUGGAAUGAAGCUGAAAAGUAAUUUAGUUACUGGUCCAUAUAGAUAUCUCACAUCUUGGAGAAACCCUGAAGAUCCUGCUGAAGGUGCGUAUUCAUAUAGGAUAAAUACACAUGGUUUACCUCAAUUGGUUAAUGCUAAGGGAGCAAGAUUUCUGUAUAGAGGAGGCUCAUGGAAUGGAUUUCUUUUUACUGGUGUUUCUUGGCAAAGAAUGCAUAGAAUCUUGAAUUUCUCAGUAGUGUUCACUGACAAAGAAAUCUCUUAUCAAUAUGAAACUUUGAUCAGUUCAGUUAUUACUAGAGUGGUUCUAGACUCAUAUGGAAUCUCACAACGUUUUCAAUGGUCAGAUAUGACACAAAAUUGGGAGGCUAUAGCUACUCGUCCUGCAGACCAGUGUGAUGAUUAUGCCUUUUGUGGUAUCAACUCUAAUUGCAAUAUUGAUGACUUUCCAAUAUGUGAAUGCUUGGAAGGUUUCAUGCCAAAAUUUCAACCAAAAUGGAAGUCAUCAAAUUGGUCUGGUGGGUGUGUUAGGAACAUACAUUUAAAUUGUCUCCAUGGAGAUGGAUUUUUGAAGUACCCAAACAUGAAGUUGCCAGAUACGUCAUCGUCGUGGUUUGACAAGAGCUUGAGCCUUGAGGAAUGCAAGAUAAUGUGUUUGAAAAACUGCUCUUGUACUGCAUAUGCAAAUUUAGAUAUCAGAGAUGGUGGGAGUGGCUGCUUACAUUGGUUUGACAACAUUGUCGACAUGAGAAAACAUCCAGACCAAGGGCAAGACAUUUACAUUCGGCUUGCAUCUUCAGAACUUGAUCAUAAAAAGAAUAAGAGGAACUUGAAGCUUGCUGGGACUCUUGCAGGGGUUAUUGCAUCAAUUAUAGGACUAUCCGUUCUUGUAUUGGUCACAUCAGCAUAUAGAAAGAAGCUUGGGUAUAUAAAAAAGUUAUUUCACCGGAAGCACAAAACGGAGAAGGAAGAUGGUGACUUGGCUACAAUAUUUGAUUUUUCAACCAUCACUAAUGCAACAAAUAACUUCUCUGACAGAAACAAGCUAGGAGAAGGUGGUUUCGGAACAGUGUACAAGGGCAUAUUGGUAGAUGGCCAAGAGAUUGCUGUAAAGAGGCUUUCUAAAACAUCAGGACAAGGAACUGAGGAGUUCAAAAAUGAAGUAAAGUUGAUGGCAACACUUCAACAUCGUAAUCUUGUAAAACUUCUUGGUUGUUCUAUUCAACAAGAUGAAAAGCUGUUGAUCUAUGAGUUCAUGCCCAACAAAAGCUUGGAUUGCUUUAUUUUUGAUACUAUGCGAAGCAAAUUACUAAAUUGGACCAAGCGCUUGGAAAUUAUUGAUGGGAUUGCUCGAGGGCUGCUGUAUCUCCACCAAGAUUCUACACUAAGAAUCAUACAUAGAGAUCUCAAGACAAGCAAUAUUCUUCUUGAUAUUGAUAUGAUCCCAAAGAUAUCAGAUUUUGGUUUAGCCAGAUCAUUUACGGGAGAUCAAGCUGAGACUAAUACAAAUAGAGUGAUGGGAACAUAUGGAUAUAUGCCUCCAGAAUAUGCAGUGCAUGGAUAUUUCUCAAUAAAAUCUGAUGUUUUCAGCUUUGGAGUCGUUGUACUUGAGAUAAUUAGUGGCAGGAAGAAUCGCGGAUUUUGUGACCCUAUACACCAUCUAAACCUUCUUGGUCAUGCAUGGAGACUAUGGAUUGACGAAAGGCUAGAAGAGUUAAUAGCUGAUAUAUCAUAUGAUGAAGCCAUAUGUUCAGAAAUAAUAAGAUUUAUUCAUGUGGGUCUAUUGUGUGUACAACAGAAACCAGAAAACAGACCUGACAUGUCAUCUGUGGUUUUUAUGUUAAAGGGUGAAAAGCUACUCCCAAAACCUAGCGAACCUGGGUUCUACGCAGGAAAAGAUAAUACAAAUAGCACCGGAUCUUCUUCAAAAGGUUGUUCACUAAACGAAGCUUCAAUCUCAUUGUUAGAGGCUCGAUAGGAUCCCACUGUGUCGCUGAUAUGAAUGAAAUACUGCUAAAAAUGUGUUAAAAUUUAGUCUUUGAAAAUAUAAAGACAGAUAGAGAAUAGAAUACUAGUGUGGUGUGCAUGUGUAAUCUUAUAUUAGUAGGAUUCUAGAUAAAUUCCUGUUGUAAAAGGAUGUUUAAAAACUUGUUUGAUAGGUUAAUGAGUAUAUCAAAAUUAGAUAACUCAUUAACCAUCAACUGAAUUUUAUUAAAUUAUGUGUGUCAGCACAUAAAUUUAAUAUUUA